CAAAGUUGCACAAUCAUUAAUUAUUAUCCUCAUCUUAUCACAAAUAGUUUUUGCCCUUAUUUAUAGGGAGGUGAAUAUACUUUAACUAAUAACAUAACUUAGAUAUUUUCUGUGACGAAUGUCAUCAUCUACAGCGCUGAGAUAUUCCACAGCAAAUGGUUAUAUGUACGUUUUCGUUUGGUCACUAAACCAGACAAGAUGGAAGAGCCGUACGAAUUAGCACCGGAGUCGUACGAAAGAACUCAAGCUGGUAAGGAAAUGGAUACUGCAGUAGCAGUAGCAACAGCAGCAGCAGCAAACCCAAUGAAAGAUCUGAAACCUGAAGAACAUUUCCUGAUUCCAAUCAGUAAACGCGUUUAAUUGUUUCCAUCAUAAUUCAGCUUUAAUUUCCAUACUACACUGCAUUUUAUACGUCCUCUCCAUGUCAAUGUCAAAGAAAACAGAAAAUUGUGAAAAGAUGAACUUGAAUGAACC